AGCACUAGUCGUCAUCUCAGUUCCUCCCCGGCGUACUUGUGCCCGGAAUGACGACGCCUCAUGCACAAAACUUUCCCCAAGAAUUGCUUCAUCGUAUCUUCUUGCAGCUCGACUAUGACUCGAAUGCCCGAAAUGCUCGAGUGUGCAAGGCAUGGACGGAUGGUGCCCUUAACGAGGUGUGGCGAGACUUGUACGAUUGGACAAGCGCUCUUGCCUCGUUGGCAGGUACGGUAUCAGACCCUAACACUCGGAAAAUGAGCUUUGCGCCUCCUCUGAGCAAGAGCAUCUGGGACCGUUUCCUCAGCAAUUCACACCGAGUUCGCUCCAUCGACGGGACGGCCUCACACAUACGUUGGUCUGAGGGGGCCAUGUUUGAGAUCAUGUCCACUCGACCUCUUUCCAUAUUAUUUCCGAAUCUUCAAUCCCUUCGAAUAGGCACCCGCACAGGUCCCCAAUUUGGAGCCCUCAUUAUGCACCACUCGAUUUCUGCACUCAAAAUCAAUAUACGCCACGGGUCUAAUACGGAAUGGGCGAAAGCACCUCCAAACUUUCAGGCUUCUCUGGAAGCUGGUGCAUUCCCGUCGUUGCAAUCCAUCACAUUCGGAGCUUCUCUGGCUCAUGCUCGGCAAUUUUUCACCACACCAAAUUUCCCAACAUCUUCUCUGAUUUCUAUCUUCCUAAACGUCCCUCUACCACACCAGAGGACACCUUCACACCUUCAAGAACAUCUCAACGCUCUAACGGAUUCAUGUCGUGGCCUGGAACGUCUCGAGCUCUACAUGACCGAGAUCGACAACCUUCGAAUGAGUAUACAGGACGCCCGAGAUUCUCCUAUAUACACGUUCGCGGACAUUUGCUCUAUUAUCCGCCUUCGCCACUUGAAAACGUUCACUAUUCGCUACGUCCAGCCUAUCGACAUCACGGACUACCAAAUCGAAUCUCUUGCGGCUGGUCUUCCGCAUUUGGAAGAGCUGGUGUUGAACGCAUACCCCAUGUUCACUCCCGAGUCCACCCUUACUCUGCGCGCCAUCAUCCAAUUCGCUCGCCACUGCCCCAGAAUCACUAAAUUGAGGCUGUACUUGCGCACGACCUCGAUCAAUAUCCCACCUUCUAUCGGCGAGCAUUUCCACCAUCUCGCCCAACUUUGCAUUGGGUACUCCACCAUCCGGUGUGACGUAGAGAACGUCAGCUGGCUCCUGUUCCCUUUACUUCCUAGAGGUUUCCAGGUGCUAUCCUCUCUGGACGAGGACUGCGAUGAAUACACCCACGUAUGGGAACCGGAGUGGUGGGAGACAAAAUCGAGGGAUAAGAUAAGGGAGGCGGGUCAAGGAAGACAAGGAGAAGUUUUUCGGGUCAAGAAUACGGUCUCUGGAGGAGGAGUUGAGGGUCGCGCAUGCACGGGUGGAAGAGCUGGAUCUCGGACUUUAGUGACUUUAGUUAUUCCAUCGAGGAUCACUCCUGUCGUUGUGAGAGGUAGGUUCCUAUCCACUCAUGGUACCAUCCUUGCCACCAACGUUGUCGUCAUCAGGUCGUUCCUCAUCCAUCUAGCCGCUGGUUCACGCCUGACAGCCCCCCAAUCCUCAUCCAACGACAACGCAGGAAACCUAGCCGGGAAAAACCAGUGGACCAGAAAAGAUUUCGACAGGGUCAAGCCCACCCAGGAUAACACAGACGGUUUCCUAGACCGUGUCGAGAACGCCAUCAACCAGCGCGAGAACGCCACGAACAAGCCAGACGGGGGUCCUAAGACUGUUACGCCUUCGAACACGAACACCGGGUCUGCGAAUGCACCGCAGAAGAAGUAG